AUGGAUCGACUUGCUGGAAACAAAUUGAAGAAUGAGGAGGCACAGGAGGAUGUGUUUCAUUUACUACUGAGACUUUAUGCUCAUCAAGAUGUGUUGGAAGAACUUUACAGCAGUUAUGACAAGAAUGCUGCUGAAUUUGUGUUUUAUAUUCCACAACUAUGCACGUUUCUUAUGCAUGGCAAUUAUGCCAAACAACAUCAACUCGAGUGCUUUCUCAUGUCAAGAAGUGGCGAGUCAUUACCAUUUGCACAUCGAUUGACGUGGUUUUUGAGAUCGUUCUGUGACAAUGCCAGAGGCUAUCGUUCCGAGUCUUUGAGUGUCACAGCACAACAGGGUCAGGAGAAUUGUGAUUUUAUUAAAGCUCUUGGAAGACGAGCAGGCGUGCCGGCACUGUUGAUGAACAGUGGACUUUGUGUGGAGGAAGUAUCGGCUACAAGACCUGACAAUUUAGAGCAAAGACGGUGGAUGAUUUUUCCUACCGAUGAUGAACAGGAAUUUACAAUGUUGGAAAGUGAUAAAUCCUUUGCAGGACAUUUGCUUUGCAGACGAAAUUCCAUGCAGGAUGAAGCGAGGACAGAUGAAGGAAAUGCACACCAGAUCUUGCUAUUCAAGCAAACGCCAACGUUUGUGGAAGCUCUUACAAACUUGGCAGAACAGCUCAUCCCCAUACCGCGUUCUCAGAGAAACAGGGAACUGCGCAAAAGGUUACGUUAUAUUGAUAUGCAAAUGCUGCCCUCCGACGUGAUUUACUUGCCAAUAGGUAAUCCAUAUCAUCGUGUCAAGCGCAUUUGGGCCGAAGAGUGCUUUACAUUCUCUACAAAGGAGCGAGUGCCGUACUUCCUUUGUGUGGAAGUUUUGGAUUACUCCGUUGCCACCUCCCCAUCUACGUCUAAGAAAAAACAAAGGAAGAGAAAGUCAAAAGCGAGUCGUAAUCAGAUGCGAGGCUUUUCUCUCAAGUUGCCUUUCACGAAGGCUGACGCCGGUCUAGAAGUAUCAGCCGAUGAUUCUCCCAUGUCGAGCAGCACUUCGCUUGAAAGUGAGCCGAGCUUGGUGUCAUCGCCAAGUGCUUCUUUUCCAUUGCCAGAAGUCGAAGAUGACAGCCCAACGUUGUCGUCGUCAUCGUCGACUCCCUUGCGGGAUGUCGAUGAUGUGGCGGGUCUUAUUGAAGAUCAGAUGAAUAGCGAGGAUGGCGAUGACGAGAAAGAAGGUGAACUAAAAAUCAGAAAGAACUUUCAGGAAGACAAAGAUCUUCAAAGAGCUGAAGAGGAGCAACAAGAACGACUAGGGCAAUGGAAUUUGCCAAGAUCUCAACGACGCAGCAUCAAAGAGUACUCGAAUAGUGCAUCAGCUCGCUCAGGAGAACAAAUCGACAGCUUUUACUCAUCCUGGUUUUCGAAGAAGGCACAGCACGACGCCGAAGAAGACGAACAUGCUCCACCUGUUUUUGACCAAACAAAGGUCGACGAUACUGCUCAAAAGGUCGUUGCUUCUCCUUCGAUAAAGAAUGAUGAACCUGCAGUUAUCGAAGAGGUAGUUGCUGGCGCUGGCGAUGAGGGAGUGGAGACCUGCGAGCUUCAUGAGGCAGUAUCUGCCCGGUCGACAUCUUUGGAAGGCGAAUCCGUCGUUGCGUUUGCAACUGGAGAGAACGUUACAGCGUCAUUUUGUGAAAAAGUGGAGGUGGAAGUCACUGUUCAACAGUUUAAUGCGAGUCCUAAUCAGUCAAAAGCACUACCAAAGCCCAACCAGAAGGGUGCAUCGAUCGGUUGCGAACCUGUCGAGAGGGAAGCGUGGAAAUCUAUGGCUGAUGAGCAGAUUGUUCUCUAUACUCCCCCAGUCCAAGCUCGGAGUCUCUUUUCGACCUUGUUUUCGAAGGAACCUCCUACUCUAAGUCCUGGAAUGACACCGGCCUUGUUCAAGAGAAAAACGACGGGGGCAAAUGACAGAAAGAGUAACACAGCCGCUGUAACGAGGCCUACGGGUAUAUUUGCGUUCAUGUUUGCGAAAAAGUCUCAGGUAUUUUUGCUCAAGUCAAAUGAAGUGGGAAUUUCGGAUGAAGUUGAUGCCGACGAUGCGAACAACGAGGAGUUGGAGUUGAAGAAGGUGCAUUUGUCCGAAAACAAUCUUGUCGACAGAACUUCCGUGUCUUCAAAAGAUGGACGUAUGACGGAUGAUUCGGUAGCUGAGGAUGCAGAUGGCGAGGACACAGACUCAAGCGGUGGGUACAUUUUGGGCGACGACGAAUUUGUAUGCGAACCGGAGCCUUCGCCCGUAACUAAGGUCUCUGAAAAACAGGAUCCUGCUGUAUUGGGGCUCUCUCAGAACUCUGUAAUGGAGCUUACUGAGCAACUUCCUGCCAAUCUGGAUCGUGCUACGGCUUGCACUGAUGACGAGACUGCACUAUCUGAAAACGUCGACCCAGAUGUGAGUUCUUCGACACUCUCAGCACCUGAUGUCGAGAGCAACAAUGUGUCAGAGGACAAGGACCAUUUCCGACAAAGACGACGUGAUCUGAGCGUCAGCCUUGAUUUUGCUGAUCCGACAGCUUGGAAAGAAGAAUUUGAUUUGGAUGAUGGCCUGACUGAGGAAGAGCCAGAUGUAGACGUGGUUGACGACGAUGCCGAUGGGGAGCACGAGACAUCUGAGGAUGAGGAUGAGAAGCCGAUGAUCGUUUUCCGUGAGCGCUGGAGUGAGAAGGAAGCGCGUAUUCGUAACGAAUCACCGUAUGGAGAACACCCUGGAUGGCGACUUCUUUCUGUUAUUGUAAAGAGCAAUGACGACUUGCGCCAGGAGCAGUUUGCAGCGCAGCUGAUUGCCCAGUGUGAUCGGAUAUUCCGCGAGUACUCGCUUCCUCUGUCGCUGAGACCGUAUAACGUAAUCGCUACGUCAGCUACGACUGGACUCAUCGAGGCCGUUCCUGACACCGUUUCUCUGGAUUCUCUGAAGCGGAAUGAUCCCGGCUACACCACGCUCCAGGAUUUCUACAUUCGCCUUCACGGCGACAAGGAUACUGCUGAGUUUACUCGAGCCCAGCGAAACUUUGUAGAGAGUCUUGCGGCCUACUCCAUCGUUUGCUACGUGUUCCAGAUUAAAGAUCGUCACAAUGGCAAUAUCCUAGUGGACACCGACGGACAUGUGAUCCACAUUGACUUUGGUUUCUUACUCACCAAUAGUCCUGGCAGUAACUGGAAUUUUGAGCGGGCCCCAUUCAAGCUUACCGAUGAAUUCGUAGAGCUUAUGGGUGGACCCCGUAGCUCAACAUUCCGCUACUUCCGGUCCCUCUGCAUCCGUGCAUACCUGGCACUCCGUCGAAACAUGAGCCAAAUCGUCCUUCUUGUCGAGAUGAUGCUUGUGGGGAAUGCUGAUUUGCCUUGCUUUGCUGGUGGAAAAAAAGCGGUGAUUGAAGGCCUUCGUGCGCGUCUUAAACCAGGCGCACGUACGAGCACAUGUCAAGUGUUUGUGAACCAGCUGAUCGACCAAUCCAUUAACAAUUGGCGGACGCGCUGGUAUGACAAGUACCAACGAACUUGUCUCGGAAUCCUGUAG